AUGCUUCGACGGCUGUCAAGGACUGUCAAUUUGAGGGCUGUUGGAUUUUUAAGCACGGAGAAUCCGGUAACAAUCGAGAACAGAUCCGAGUUGUUGAAGAGAUUCAUAAAGGACAAGAUUAAAGUCAGUGGUCCCAUUACCGUACACGAAUAUAUGAAAUUGGCCUCAGGAUCGGCAGCGGGUUUCUACACGAAAAAGGUACUGCGUGAACAUUCGUCGGCGUGACUCUUUUUUAUAGGCUGACAUAUUGGGAGCCUCGGGAGAUUUCACAACGGCACCAGAGAUCAGCCAGAUAUUUGGGGAAUUGAUUGGGAUUUGGAUUUACAAUGAGUUGUAUAACACCGGAGAACGAGGCGAUUGGCAACUGGUGGAGUUGGGCCCAGGAACUGGCACACUGAUGGCCGAUGUUCUCCGAACACUGAAUGUUCUUAAGGUCGGCAAAGUUGAUAUUGUUCAUGUAGGUUAGAAAUGCUAAUGAGUAUAUAUAGUUUACGAAAUUAGUCGGUUAUUGAUAAGCUAGUUUGUUUUCAGACUGAGCGACUUUCAAUCAAUCUUGUUGAGAUAUCCGACCAUUUAAUAGAUCAACAAGAGCAAUUGUUAUGUGGGAGAUUGACAAAGAGUCUACAAGAUUCUGAUGUGAUAAGGCGAAACAAAACAAAAGAUGGGGUCCCGGUCUGCUGGUAUCGUGAUUUGGACUCUGUUCCUAAAGAGAAGUUCUCUGUCUUCUUGGGAAAUGAAUUCUUGGAUGUCCUCCCUGUUCAUUUAUUUGAAAAGUCAGAUGGAGAUUGGAAAGAAGUGCAGGUUAGCAUCAAUGAGACAAGCGACUUGUGUCUGAUGUUGUCCAAAUCAGAGAAUUUACAUUCGAAAGGAUUGAUUCCAAAGUAUAUUAGGGAGGAUCCCACCCGGGAUAAGUGGGAAUUGUGUCCCGAAGCUGGAAAAACGGUGACCGAGAUCGCACAGAGGUAGGCAAUAAGUUUUCUCUCGGAUUUUUUUUAGGAUCACCGCAUUUGGUGGGUUCGGAUUGUUUAUCGACUAUGGUCACGAUGGAGGAAGAAGGACAAGGUCACUCAGGGCAUAUCACAACCACAAAAUAGUGGAUGUCCUCUCCAAACCUGGUCUCAUAGAUAUCACGGCUGAUGUGGAUUUCGGAUAUUUGAAGAAGAUCCUCGAAGGAAUUUGUUUGCCCUUUGGUCCGAUCACUCAGCGGUGUGUCAACCCUUAAAUUCGUAUAAUAUAUGGAUGAUUUUAGCGAAUUCCUAGCACAAAUGGGACUCCGACUGAGGACCGAAAGGUUACUACAACAGUGUAAAGAUGAAACUGUUCAAAGUCAUCUCAGGACGGCCUACAAAAGUCUGAUCGACGACUCCGAAGAUGGGAUGGGGAUCAAGUUUCACAUGUUCUCAUUGUUCCCAACGACUUUAAAGCCCAUCCUCGAGAUGAGAGGCGGAUUCCCAGCUGGAUUCUUCCCAAAUUUUGAUGACUUCACAGAGGAUCUGGAAGAAUUGAAAGAAGAAAUAUAG